AUGAAGGGGCUAGCCCUUCGCGUCAGGAGCCCGCUGCUGGUCCACAAGAUUUCCAUCUUGACCUCGUCCCUCUCUCCUUCACCACGUCUCUAUUCGUCCACGUCGUCCGAUUCGAAACCGUCAGUUCUUGACGGCUCCGAGGGGUUGUUCCAAUUUGCCAAUCGCACAAAAGACCGGGCUUCUUCUCAAAUGGACCGGUACCUUGUCCACAGCGUCUUUCCUCCAUCCAAUUGGAUGAUGCAAAACUACUUUCUCUUUACGAAGCUCCAGUUGCCUACAAACGUGGAAAUUGAUGCCGUCGAGUUCUUAAAUGGUGCUCGCUUUGCCUGUGACUUGGCGAUCAAUACCAUGUACUCGAACGAGUUUGUCAACUUUGCCAACGGAGUUGUCUCUGAGUCAGCUGCAGCGGAAAAGAUGAAGUCUGGACUGUCGGACACUUGUUACGAAGCGUUUUUGUUUGCUAUGAGACAGUCCAGGAAAGCUGGCAACAGCUUUUCACUCAAACAGCUGGAUAUCAAUGGAGUUUAUCUCUACGAUGUGAAUUGGGACAGGCUGUCGCUGGCGGAGAUGAAGCAAGAGGAGGCACUAGAAACGCUGAACCGAUCACAGAGGCUCGAGAUGGACCAUCAGGAGGAAAAGAGGGGGAUAGAAGGGAAAACAGAUGUGUCGCAUGAGAGAACGCCGGUGGCGUUUAGUCAGACGGAAGGUGCUGCUCCGGAGGACCACACGAUGAUGGUUGAACGACUUCAGCUGGAUGUGCUGUUGGAAACUGUCGAGCAUCUGGAAGUUGCUACGGCUGACCAUGCAGACCAGGUGCUGGAGAAGAAAUCGUCAGCUGUCUGGCGUUUUGAGUCGCUUGUGACACAGCCGGACAAUAUUGACUGGCGCAUUGUCACUGUGUUGUAG